AAGAGAAAAAAGAAAAAGGAAAAAAAAAGAAAGGCACAACGAGAUCUCAACCUCCACUUCCUGCUUAUUCUCUUCCUCCUUCCCUCUCUGAAUUUCUCUGGCUUCCACUAUCACUCCUCCCUCUCGUCUCUGCAAAUUUUAGGGCAAAACUUAGAUCUCCACGGAGCAAGCUUUUUCUACGCUCUCCUCGCCGAUUCCGGUGCUUUGAUUUUAGGUUGUUUCAGCAUUGUUUCUUCGGUUUCAUGCUUCUCCUUUAAAUUCUCUCCAAUGGACCCGAUAUGGAGCCACAGUAGCGUGCCAGACGCUUUGCAUUUCGUCAUCGCCGUCCAGUUCGCCUUCGGCUUCUAUGCCGCGCGGUUCUUACUCGACAGAUUCAUUUUUCGUAGGUUUGCAAUUUGGCUAUUGAGCAAAGGAGCUGCUCCACUUAAACUUGACGAGGCUACACAGUCAAAAAUUGUAAAAUGUUCAGAAUCAAUGUGGAAACUAGCUUACUAUGGUACCGUUGAAAUAUGCAUUCUAAAAAUUGCAUAUAAUGAACCAUGGUUUAGAGAUUCAAAUCAAUACUUCAGAGGCUGGCCAAAUCAGAAGUUGCAACUUCCUCUCAAGUUGUUUUAUAUGUGCCAAUGUGGGUUCUACUUAUAUAGCAUUGCUGCACUUCUUAUAUGGGAGACUCGAAGAAAGGAUUUCUCUGUCAUGAUGUCUCAUCAUGUAAUUACGGUUAUCUUGAUCGGAUACUCAUAUCUUACAAGAUUUUUCCAGAUUGGAUCGGUUAUUCUUGCACUACAUGAUGCAAGUGAUGUCUUCAUGGAAGCUGCUAAGGUUUUUAAAUAUUCUGAGAAAGAACUUGGAGCGAGCGUUUUCUUUGGAUUUUUUGCCAUUUCAUGGCUCAUAUUGCGGCUUAUAUUCUUCCCGUUUUGGGUUAUAAGAGCAACAAGCUAUGAUCUCUGUGAGUACUUGAAGCUAUCAGACGCGAAUUCCAGACUCAUAUACUAUGGUUUCAACACGAUGUUGUUGAUGUUGCUUGUGUUCCACAUAUACUGGUGGUUACUCAUAUGCUCUAUGAUCAGUAGACAGCUGAAAAAUAGGGGAAAAGUUGGAGAAGAUAUAAGAUCUGAUUCAGAGGAUGACGACUAGAUGAAAGAUCUGUUGAAGGGUAUUUUUUGCUCUCAUUAGUGAUGAUAUUGAUAGCUGUGGGGUAAUUACUUUUGUAUUGCUCGUCUACAUUGGUCCAACAGGUUAAAAAUGUUUCUUUCAUUUUCUCACUUUGCUUCCAUUAUUAGUGGUUAGGGAUACAGAUGUACGGCCAUUGAGCGUAUCAAUUCUCAAUAUAUUUGGCCUAUAAAUAGGAGAUUGGUGCAUACUUGUUUCCCUAGAUGCUCCUCUGUUUAAGAUCCUCUUCUGUGGGGUUGAGUAGAGGGUGGGGGGAGUGGCGAAGAAAACACGAGAGGUUAGAAAAUGAAAACAGAAAGUCUGUUGCAUUGUGUAGCACUUUUUGCUCUUUGGUUUCUUAGGAGAUUUUUGAGGUUUUGCAAUAAGCAUUAGGCUAAGAUUUCUGAUGAAUAUAAUAUUCUUCUGAACAGUUAAAGAAGGUGCCUUCAUAGUUCAUAAUGAACAUCUUGUUUGUACUGCAAAUUUGUUA